GCGAUAAUCGCAACACUUCGAGGCAAUAUGACCGAUCAUACCCACACAAAGGACAAAUCCAGAGGCUUGCUAGCAAUAUUUGUAAAAUAUACCUCUUCACCAAAGGAUGUUGGACGCAAUAUGACCGAUCAUACCCACACAAAGGACAAACCUAAGGGAUUACCCUAG